AAAAAAAAAACCACACCACAGAGUGGGAGUCAUUUCAACUCCUCUCUUGUUUUACCACUCAGUGUCCCAGAGAAGCAAACCUGUUCAACCCACAGGAUGGGAGAAGACUCCUCUCACGCUGACCGAAGCGUAAGUACCCUACCUGGGUCGACCAGCACCCCUACAUCCCCAGCCCCGGAGGACAACCAGGAAAUCCUCACUUCUAGCUUCAGCCCCAGCUCUGCGCCGUCCUCCCCGCUCAACACCCUCACUCGCCUGGCCGGCAAGUCUCCGACCAGCCCCUCCAGCCCCGGAGGCCAGGUGAGCGCCAUCACGGUGGUGGCUCUCCUCGACAAGGUGGUGAACAUGAUCGAGUCUGUGCAGGAGAACCAGCGGCGCGUGGAGCGAAAGCAAGCCGAGCUGGAGGCGGCGGUGAGAGGGGUACAGGGCGACGUGACGCGUUUAGCCAAAAGCCACACGACCACGUCCAACAGCGUGGCCAAACUGCUGGAGCGCUCGCGUAAGACGGGGGGUCAUGUGAAGGAGGUCCGGGACCGUAUGGACAGGCAGGCAGUCCAGAUCAGGCGCUUGGAGGCCAACCACGCCCACCUACUUAAGAGAAACCACUUCAAAGUGCUCAUCUUCCAGGAGGACAACGAAAUCCCUUCCUCCGUGUUCAUGAAAGAUGGUGGGGAAACUGCAGGCACCAGCUCUCUCGCUGAGCCCCGGGACGAGACGCCAGCGCCCGCGCCCACUCCCGCCACUGAUGCCAACCGCUCCCAUGAAGAAGGCCUACAGACCAUCAGCCUCUCCUCUGAAGAAGAUGUGGAGGCAGCCUCCACAAGCCCUCUGGCAGCAGCAGAUAGCACAGACCCACUAGGAGAUCAGCAAGAGGACGACCUGCCGGGCCCUGACAGCGAACGUCUGGGGCUUUCCCGUGCCGACAAGUUCAAACGCUCCAGCCUGAAAAAGGUGGACAGCCUGAAGAAGGCCUUCUCUCGGAGAAGCAUCGAGAAGAAGAUCAACAAGAUCGUGCCGCCCGAGAGGCGUGAGAAGAUCAAAAAGAGUUUCACCCCCAACCAUCCCAAGAGCCCCAGUGACAAGUCUUCAUCCUUCCGCGUCUCGCCUAUGACCUUCAACGUCAAGAAGGUGCGAGAAGGUGACAACCUGCCGUCGCCCAGCAGUAUUUCUCCAGUUGAAGUGCCCUCCAUGGGAGGUCCAGAUGGUCAGCUGCCCCUGGCAGAAGUUUACUCCCAUGAGGAACAGGCUGAGGAAGGGGAACCACAAAAUCCCUCUUCUCCAGGCAGCGUGGAUGGUAACGCUUCGGUCACAGAGGAUGGCGGAGACGCCGAGAACCACCUCUCAGGCAGGUUGGCCGAAGAGGAAGUUCUACAGGAACACGACGAAGAUGAGGAUGAUGACGACGAUGACGAUGGCAUUGAGGAAAAUGGCAUCAAAGAGGAGUCCAGUUCCGUGGAAGCGGAAACUCCAACAUCCGCUCCGGCGGUUGUGCAGCAAGCCUCUUAGAUUUGACGUGGUUAAAACCCCAAACUUUUUCUGUGGCUAAUUCCUAAUGUCACUGAUUUCACAUGGUCACCUUUGUUCCAGAGAUUAUUUUAGCCUUAAGUGACCACUUAAAUAAUUCUAACACUUAUAGAAAAACUUUAUGAUCCUAAUGGUGUGUUAUAUCGUAAUAUAAAGGGUAGAAGUGUAGGGUAAAUUUAAUGAUGUCCUGUGUCUUUAGAGCAUAGUUUUCCAGUGUCAGCUCAGCCCCACAUCAAGCAUGCCCAAGGGUAAAUACAUCGGGUAAUGUCCUAUUUCCUUACAGUGCCGUCCUUCAGUAUCAACCCAACGUUUACUAUAUAUAGGUUUAAACCUUUAUCCCUUCUUGUAAAACCUUGAUUUUAUACCUAUCGUUUUCCUUAAAAUCAUUCUAUUCUUUUCUUUUCAAUCUCAGUAAUAUGGCGUCACUACUGUACAACUCGGGACCUGCCAUUAAACAUGACGGUCCAGGUGAAGUGCCAAUGAUCUGGACUAUUGUUCCAUUUACAGGCCCUG